AUGAGAUCCGUAAAGGAGUUGCAAAAACACUUUUCAAAACAUCUCUUCCUAACAAAUACAGCAAUAAGCGUGGCACAAAUAGGAACGGCCGAUGUGCUGCAGCAAUUAUUUCAAGGAGAUGUUCAAAAGAAAGGAUGGGACUACCACCGAACAGCUAGAAUGGCAGCUAUUGGUUUUGUGAUCGGACCUAUGCUUCAUGGUUUUUAUCGCAUCUUGGACACAAGGGCAUUUCGAGGGAGUCGACGUACUAUUGUCUUGAAGAAGCUCUGCUGUGAUGCUGCUUGUAUGCCAAUUUUCUCCUGCACAUUUAUGACAGUGGGUGGGCUUCUUGAAGGAUCUUCACUAUCGUCUGCCUUUUCUGAAUAUAAGAGGAAAAUGUGGCAUAUUUUUAAGAUUGACAUAUCAAUUUGGCCUCCAGCGCAACUGAUCUCAUUUUGGUUCUUGCCACAUUCGGUUCGCGUCGUUUACGUGAACAUUGUCUCUCUCGUUUAUAAUUGUAUUAUGUCUUAUAUCAAAAACAAUGAUUUAUCAGUGAUAAAACGUAGUAUAUGA